AUGCCCGAUUCCUCUCGAACGCUUGCUGAUAUCGACGAGAUCGAUAGUGCCGAGCUAAGGACACAGCUCAAGAACUGGAUCGAAGAGGAGGGCAUCGAGGCAAACAUUCAGCUGCAGAUGAAGAAAAAUUUAAUUGAGAAAAUGAGCCGCACGGCGCUCGGCAAGAAAAUAGCUCUCAAAUUACAAACACAGCAAGGAAUCGUACUCUCCCCGCUGGUGCUCGUACUCAACACGCUCGUCGCCGAGUUUCUCUACACACAGAACUGCCACUUUUCAUUGUCCAUUUUCACCAACGAGGUGCCGUUCAAAAACACACUGCCGGACUUUACCCGGUCCACCAAGUUUCGAUUAAAUCGGGCCGAGCUGGGCGAAAUCUUCGAAGCACUCGGCAUCGAACACUACGAAGGGUUGGUGCAAAAGUACGAAAAGUUUGGCACAGACCAGGGCAGCCGUUCGUUACUGUACAUCGUGUUCAAAACAAUCCUAUCAGCGGUGAAGACGCAAGAAGAUAAACUACGCCGGCUACAGCGUUCGGAUAAGCGGAAACAAUCCGCCCGGACACUGUUCAAGCAGCUGGAAGUGGAAAAGCUGCACAAGAACGUGGAAAAGCUGCUUCACCGGGUAAAAGUGGUUGGGAAGUCGAUUGCCGAACUGGAAAAGUGUCAGCAGCAACAAACAGUUGAAAAUGAUGCAAAAAUCCUGCGGCAUACCGAUCAGGAGGAAAUUGUGAAACCUGAGGACGAACAAUCUGCCCGUUCGUUGCGUGUUUGUUCGGAAAAUGUUUCCAAGCUUGUGGAACGGUUAGAAUCGUGUACGAAGAUGUUCGAACAGCUAAUCGAAGCUGUGCGCCACCAACGGAAUGAAGAUGUUGACGAAAAGCAGGAAGAUGAAGAGGAUGAUGGGAAGGAACUGGGCGAACAACAUGAAUGUAAGCAGAAACAACAGCGAAAGUCUUACACCGAGUUCCUGCAUGAGCUGAAAACAACCGAACACGGUAAAAGGUAUGUGGUGAAACUACAGAAACAAGUUGCCAAACUGCUGGACAAAGAAAAACAACAAAUAGAAGCGAAAUAUAGAAAAGAGCUAAGGAAACUCGAGUUGCAACAUGAGGAAAGAUUGGAGAAAGUGCUAAGCACAAAACGAAGCGACAGUUCCCCUUUACCUGCACCACAGUCUGACCCAUGUGCCGUUUCCGUGUUACAGCACAUUGAUUCGCGAAGCGAGGAAAGCCAACAUUUUAUGCGGAAAAUAGACGAAAAACUUGACCAGCUAUACCGGCAGGAGCGAAACGUGGAUGAUAAACUGGCCACGCUUCGCUACGAUCUGCAACGUCAGGAGCAAAGACAAACCCAUUAUUUCGAAUCGUUAAAGGCGGCUAAAACGAAGGAAAGUAAGCUGCAGGUGCUGCACAAUGUGGAGAAGGAACUGAUGGCAACGUUUGAGGAUGAAACGAAUGCUAUCAUCCAGAAUGCAAAACAAACAAUUGAACAGCUGGAGAAAGAGAGCGAUAAAAUUAACCAUUCCUUCCAGCGGUAUUUGCAAAAGCAGCGUGAAGACAAACGGAAACUUAUCGACGAAAAGGUGCAAAUAUGGAACCGGUAUAAUGAUGAAAAGCUGGAAUUGAAUCAACGUGAGCUGUUAAAUGGGGCUGUUGAGGUAUCUCAGAGAGAUACUGAGCCUGUGUCGAUCAUACCAGAAGUGAAUGUACCCAUACAACUGCCCGAAAAGGGCACCCCAUUUGAGAACCCAUUCCGAUCGUUCGAUCCUCUCAAGUAUCUGAAACGAUCUCGCCCGAUUGAAAGCCACAUGGUGGAUGUUGCAACUGGCACAACAUCCAAUACAGGUAUUCAAACGUCGCAGGAAGAAGAGCCGAUCAAUAGAAUGCUAACGGAAGAACCUCGACCUCCGAGUAAUGUGCAGCUCUCGGAUGUAUUAGCGAAGGAUACCCGCGAGCUGCGUAAAAGCAUCGAAGAAAAUCUUCAAAAGUUAGACCAAAUGAGUCGAACGUACUCAAAAUCACAAAGCUCAUCUGAAAAGCGCACGUUUGAUGUCGUGCCUCAGAACCCGCCAGCACAACCAACGAUACAAAUGGUUGAACCAACAUCUAACAGAAGCUUAGAUGACUGUUCCAGCACCGAGUUGGGUUUAUCUGAUGGUGAAAUUGUGCUCCCAGUUGUCCCUGCGCUCCAAGCCGUCCAAAAACAAACGAAACAGUACACUUCGCAGGAACAGCAGGUCGAUAACAGUGGCCGCCAGCCAGGACAACAGCCAAAGACGAAUCCGCCUCAAGCUGUAAGCUACAGUGAUUUAUCUAUCAGCAGCAUUAGUGGCGUAAGCAAACUAUCCUAUGAAAAGAGCCAAAGCUUCGAUGGCGAGUUGGAUCGCAUUUCUACCGGUAUUCGUUCGAAUGCAUCACAGAACAGCUGGUCGUAA